AUGACUUCGAAAGCUAUUUCGCAGGGCGCCUUUAUUGCUCCGAAAUCUUUAGUGGAAGAUGUGAGCGAUGAUCAAGGAAAAAUAGCUCGUAGGCGUCCCUCAGUCUACGACGCUGUCGCUGGACGAAUCUCUGCUGCAGGAUUCAUACCAGACCAACGCGUGGUUUCCUCUGCUCGUGACACCGCGUCAUCAUCCACCGCUGCUCUCCCGCCAGAAUCUAUUCUUUUUCGAACCAAGAAUGCGCCGACUCGAUAUGCGGAGUCUGAUAUCUAUUUUUCCAACGAAAGUACAUCUACUGCAGACCUGCCAGAAUCGGAUCUCCUCAAGGCGCUACAUUGCUAUACAUCCGACUUCUAUUCGCGCGCGACCUCAGAGGCUGGGAUUGAUGAUUGGAAGAGCUUGGACGAAACAGCCUUGACGGCGCUUGGAAUCUUGAUCGAAGAGGCUGCGCUGAAGAUACUAGGAGAAACAGGAGACCUCGUUUUCACAGAGGGAGAGAAGAUGAUUGAAUCGCCGCCAAUCGCAACUCAUACAUCUCCCGGCCCUUUGCGUCGGAUGAACUCGAUGCGAAAACAAUCUAAGAGAAGGCGUGUCGAACGUCUCGACUAA